AAAGGACAUGUUCAAGUCAUUUGAUACAAUGUCUUUGAAUGGAGUUGAGAAUGCUCAGAUCACCAGUUCUGCAAUCUCUAACGCAGGAAAAGAGGGUCUAAAUUGUGAAAGGAUGUCACACACAAAUGUGAGUAAAAUUGAGCACAUAAUUGUGGUAGGUUCAAAAAAUGUGUGUGCAUGCAUUGAGAGUAUACAGAAUCAAUUUCCAAUAACAUUUAUUCAUGAAAAUGUUGACUUUAGUGAAGAAUGUAUCAAGAGGUUUGCUGCAUAUCAAGAAAAUGUGCCAUUUCGUACAGCAUGGAUCAUCUUGACAGACAUUUUAUUAUUGACAAAGCAAUCUAGCUCAGACACUCCUUGCAGUAAUGCUCGGUGUCAAAAUCCAUUUGAAUAUGACAUAUUAAAAACUGAUGUCAAUUUUCCUUUUAUGGUCCAAAAAGUAAUAAUUGAGAGAAUGGUUGAUGAAGUAUUAGCUAAUAUUAUAAGCUUUGCAAUGAACCUUAUUAAAGAAUUAACACCAGGGUCGUUUGUGUACUUUACACCAAUUGCCCCACUUCGUGGAAUGAUCAUCCCACCAACCACACAACAUGAUCGCAUCCAUGCUUUGAAAAAGCUUGGGCCAGAUGUACGAUUACUAAAAGGCACUUAUCUUUGUUGGAUACGAUGCGCUAGAAACUUCAGCAAAAUGUGGAAAAAGUUUAUGUUAGAAAAUACUUCCACAAGUGUAGUCCAUGAUCUACUUGUGAAAUACUACUUCAAUAAAAGUGUAUGCUGCCUAGUUCCUGUCUACGAUGAGAAUACUAUUAAAGGGAACUCUAUCCAAGAAACUCGCUGGAGAUUUGUAGUUAAAAGAAUGAUACAGAAAAUAGCAUUAUCAAAAGGUGAGUAUCCCAAUUCAUCUUUGGGGCCGUUUGCUCUGCGCUUUAACCCAAAGAAAUCUGAAGCUGCUUCUGAGAAAGGAGUGCCUAGCGCAAGGCAGCCGCAAGCAAAAGCAACUGAUAAAGCUAAAGUAGAAAAGACUGCUGGCCCUGUGCUACGUCCUGCAAGUGAUGUUCCUGUGACCAGUUUAUCAGAGAAAGCUAACAGGGCAACCAAAGCACCUCAAGAUUUAUCCCCUCUGAGCACUGAUGGUCCACCAAGUACAGCAUCAACCACAUUAGGUGGCAGUCCCGGGAAUGUUAGUACAUCUAUGAACUCCUCUCUGCUUAAGAAAACAGCAGCUGUUAAUAGCUUAAAUCAGUCAAAAAGUGGUGGAAUAGUGAGCACACUACCUUAUAAAACUGUGAGUGAAACUAGUUCAUCUUGUACAACUGCAAAAGUAGCUGUGUCCUCAACUAUUCCUCACAAAGCACAAGGCUCUGUAUCUCCUAUAACUGCCAAAAGGAAAUCUACAGAACCAUCAGUCAUACAGAUAAAAACUUCUAAUAAAACAUUGAAUAGAGAUGUUAAGAAUACUGUCGAAAGCGCACAUGGUACUAGCGGAAUAAGAGAUUCAAGGGAAGUAAGUGGUAAAACAUCAAGUGUAGCUCAAAGGCCAUCACUGGAAGAGAAUUGUAAAAAUGUGUUGAAGUCAUCAAAUACAGUUAAAGAGCCUCAUCUGCUUGGUAAUGAAAAGGAACAUAGUGUGUCUUUAUCUAGUCUGAAGACUUGUGAAAAUGUCUCGGGUAGAAAAGACGUGUGCAAAACUAAUGCAGUUCAGUCAAGUAAACCAAAUAAAAACAUUAUUGGAAAAAAUAUGUUGAGUGCGACAAUGAAGACAUUACCAGGUAAAAGCCCUGGAAGAAGUUCUAAUGCUGUUGAUAUAAAAAAUGAGGCUACUUCCUGUUUUGCGUCACAAGAAAAUGUGUCUGGCAAAACAGAAACUUGCUGUGAAACAUUCUAUGAAAAACUAAUGCCAAAUAAAUUGACUUCUGAGAAACUCUGUCAUGCAAGUAAAAUGUCUUUGUCCAAAGUUUCACUUGAAAGCCCAGAGGUAACCUCCAAAUUGUCUCCUAGAAAAUUGCCUUUGGAGGUGUCUGAAAAUGUUACUGUGUCUUCAGAUAACUGCGGGACUUAUGUGGUCUCUCCUAAUACACUCAGCAAUACUGGAGAAAGUUCUGUUGCAACAGAGUCUGUAUCCUUAGUAAAAGGUUCCUCCAAAAUAACUUCAAUACCAGAAACAGCUGACAAAGACAAAGAUAUGAACUUGUCCUCUUCUAAUCAGAAGGCUCCUUUUGGAACUGUGGCAUCACUGUCAGGUGAUACAUCCCAAGCCAAGUCAUGUGCUGAAGCAGUGCAGGCUGAUAGUUCUUAUACAGAGUUAAACCAGAGACCAAGUACUGUUGUUUCUACCAAUCCAAAUGAAGGACAAGAUUUGCUUGCUAGUAUACCUAAGGAUAAGAUAUCUUCAAAAAGAAAACCCAGAGCAGUUCUGGACAGUGUGUCCUCUGAAUCUGAACUAGCAAGUAAAGCUUCUGUUGUGAAAAGUGAACCUGUGUCUGGAGAAACAAACAAAAUGAGCUCAGUUUCAACUACAAUUCCUCAAGCUUCCAUAGUUGACACUUCAGUGAAGGUUUCCAAUUCAAAAGCAACAGCAGAACCCCAGGCAUCGUCUGCUAACAUAAUACCUUUAGCAAAGGAAAGCUGUUCUGGUACAAGUUCCCCAAAAAAGGGAGGAACUCCUAGUGUAACCUCAAAGCCUGCACCUUCCUCAGUUGCUCUUGUGAUACAAAGUAGGUCAGGGUCUCCAUCGAGUGUUAAAACAAUGGCAAAAAUACCUGCCCCAACUUGUAUUGUGCAUCCUACUAAAGUACAUGAUAAAGUUCUUUCUUCUCAUAAGGGCAUUGUAGCUGAAAUUCAUAGCUCUCUAAAAACCAGUUCAGUGACUACUACUGUUCCAUCUGGAUCUGGGAGAUAUACUCUGGCUGUUAAAGAUCAUGGUUCUGUACCUUUAAAGAUGGUUACUCUUAAUGAGGGAAUUCCAACAGCUGUUGUUACACCAAAGAUUAAUCUUCAAAAGAACUGCUCAGUGGCCAAACCUAGCUCGUCAAAAGUGGAAGAUCCUAUGAUCGUAAAAGACCCAUCUAAUCAGACGACUUAUGGAAUUAUAUUGAUGAACAUACAUAGAAGCAUAAAGGAUGAAGAUUUGAAGGUCCUUUUUGAAGCUUGUGGACAAGUACAUUCCAUGCAACGCCCAUCAAAUAUCCUAGGAAAACCUGCAGAGUAUUGUGUGGUCAAGUUCCUAAGUCAUGACGUUGCACUGAGAGCAAAACAAUUGUUUAGUGCAGUGAUACUUGCUGGAAAACCCUUAGAAGUGAAGAGCCUUGAAAACUAUGCUGAAAAUUCAAGUGAGAAUGUCUCGCAGGCUGACAGACUAAUGUACCAUAAACUGGAAAAGAUAGCUAUGAAAUGCAAAGUGAAUUUGAGUUUGAAGGAUGAAAUGUUGAUCCAGUACACUACUCAGGAAAGGCUAGAAAAUGAUGGAUUACCAAACCCCAGCAAAGGAGGUCGGUCAGACAACAAAGAGGAUGAUGAAAUCAGUUUGUCAAGUGUCAGUCUUUCAAGCCUCGAAGAUUCGGACGACGACAAAAUUGUAUCUAAGGGUACUGGAAGAAAAGUAUAUGGUAAAGGAAAAGCAGAUACAAAUGUGAAAGAUUGCCAAAAAGUAAAAGCUGCUGCCACCGGCACUUUAAGAGAGACCUGCUCAUCUUCCACAAGCAGAGCAGGUGGUCAAGGACUCCAUACAUUGAGCAAAGAUACGCGCAAGCCACAGAAAAAGAGUUCACUUUCCAGUAAAGGAACUAUGAAUGAUGAAACUUUUGUCAAGGUUUCAAAUCUUUCUGAUGUGGUUCCUUGGGAAAUUGUUGAUCGCCUACUCCAAGCCUGUGGGGCGUUGGACAAAGGGAAAUUUGAGGAGACUUCAGGUGCCAAAGUCUACCAGUUUCCAACAUACAAAUCUGCAUUGCUAGCUGAGGGUCAGUUGAAAGGACUAAGGCUUUUGGAUAAAAUACUAAAUGUAAAGAUGAUGUGUAACACAUCAGGUAAGGAACCAGUGUUGAAGUUGGAUGAAGAAAUGAAAAUUCGCAACCACGCUCUUCUUGUACUUGGGGACUAUGAAAACAUCAUGGUGUCAGUUGCCAAAACAAUUGCUGAAUCAGGUGUUAAUGUGUACAGCUUUAAGACAAAGUUAUGUACCAAGGAAAGUUGUGCUUCCCAUCAGUUAUGUCAUGACUAUCAUUCUGCUGAAGACCGAAGACGUAAUCCCCUGCUUUAUAAUUACAGUUCUACAAUGUGUAAUACGGUCCGAAACUCCAAGGAAUGUAAAAGGCAUGACAAAUGUGAGGAUGCUCAUUCAACAGUUGAAAUACUAUUUCACAAAACAAAAUUUCGCAGUCAUAUUUGCGUUGGAUGGUCCACUCUUCGUGCUUGCCCUAUGGGUGAUAAAGUUUGCCCAUUUGCUCAUCCAGAUUGCCCAGAUUUAUUUUUUCAUCCUGAUUGGGAAGACCUUUAUGUAGAAGGACUGCACAACACCCUUCUUUUCCUAUCUGGGGCCAUCUUGAACCAUUUUAGACUUCAGUUAUCAGGCUCGCGGAAUGAGGUUGGUCACAGUACUCAACGUUCAGUCCCUUGCGUCCGUAUUUUGGUGAUCACUCCAUCAGCAGAUAUGGUGAAAUUGUAUGCACAGGCUGUAAAGGAACUUGCUCUAACUUGUAACAUGGAGGUUACAGCUGUUACUUUAGGGACAGCAACUCGAGAUUCUUCAGUUUUGAUUGGGACACCGGCUUCACUCUCAAAACUUCUUGCAGAAGAAAAAAGCAAAACCUCACGAAAACAGCAUUCAGGAAAAGCAUUGGGAACAAUCAGCAAUAUAAGAGCUAUAAUUCUUGAUGAUGCAUCCUCUGUGUUGAAGGAAUUUUCUUCAGUAUCUCAUCAAGCAUUAGAAAGAUUGUUGGGUACACCAGGUAUCAAUAAAGUGGCAAUCUCGGAAGUGAUCAGUGUCAGUGAAGUACACAAAACCAGUAGGCUCUUCAAUUGCAAGUUGAAAGAGCUACCAGUUCGAGAACAACCUCAGUCUG